AUAAACAACUACACUAAACACUUUAGAUAUCGCUCUGUGUUUAUAAAUUGUUAAGUAUUAUUUUGUACAAAUUUAAAGUCAUGUCCACUCGUAGACAAGUAAUCUCCGAAAGUCGGCCGCAAAUUUCUGAUCCGGAUGAUGAUGAAAUGAAGCUCUUUAUGAAUGAGGAAUCGGAUGAUGCGGUAUUGAGUACGAAAACAGUUCCUCUUCUCAGAAGUGAAGUGAACAUUGAAGUUCCAUUUAAAAUUUCUGAUCAAGAUGAGGGUGUAAAUAGACAGCUUAUGAGCCGCUGUUCGGAUGAUGCAAUAUGCAGGCAAUAUGCAGGCAACUCCGAUGCAUCCUUGACAUCCAGUUCAGAAGCCAUUUGUCCUUCGGCUACCGAAAUUCCCUCUUGGCUAAGGACACUGGACACUCCGGCUCAACCCAAUGAAUCAACAGCUUCUGCUUGCCCGAUCUGUCCGACAAUCGGAUCGAAGCCGAUCCCUCCUUGGAUGACCAAUCCGGCAGCCUUCAUGGGCUAUCACUACCGAUCCGCACCAUAGUUUAUGUAAAAGUGUGUCAGUUAAAGUUAAAGUUUGCCUCUCACCAUAGCGACACUAAGUGGCAUCCAAACUGCAGCAAAUCCACACCUACCCCAUCAUCCGCCCUCCUGGUGUCCGCUAGCCGGGCUUGUGGCUUGCGUUUGAAGUUUAAGAGGCAUAAAAUCAGCGUCAUGCAGUGAGAAAAGUAACAAAAUGUAUUUAAGAUUGAUGUAUAUUUGAAAUUGUGCCUUUUAAAACAAAAAUCAGAACUUUACCUUGUGUACAGCGGAUAUAUAAAUAAUGUACAGAAUCCGCACUAAGUA